AUGAAGGCUUUUAUCAAGUCUCAAGAUGAAAAAGCAUGGAGAUCUAUUUUAUCUGGUUGGUCUCCAUUGGUCGAAAAAGAUGAUGAAGGUAAUACCAAGGUAAAACCUGAACUUGAAUGGUCCAAGUUGUUAUCUGGAUAUAAUAAUAAGGCUUUUCAUGCUAUUUUUAAUGGUGUUGGUGAAGGUUUUAUCAAACUAAUUUCUUCAUGUGAUUCAGAAAAAGAAGCUUGGCUAAUUCUUCAAACUCAGUUUGAAGGAACUGCUGAUGUCAAGCGAACUCGGUUUACAAUGCUUCAAACUAAAUUUGAUGAACUUAGGAUGAAAAUUGUGCGUGUUCUUUCUGAUAGGUUUGAUACAAAGCUUUUGGCAGUGGAAGAAGCAAAAGACUUUGGUAAGAUGAAGGUUGAAGAAUUGAUGAGUUUUUUGAGAACAUUUGAAUUAAAUCAACAAAUCAAACAAAAGGACAAGCCAAAACCACCAACUAGUAAAAAUAAAAGUGCUGCUUUCAAGAUUUCUGAAAAAGAAUGUUCUAACAGUGAAGAAGAAGAUGAAAUGGCUUUGGAAUGUGAGGGUUUUGGACAUAUCCAAUCUGAAUGUGCUAAUACUCUUAAAAAGAAUAAAAAGGGUUUGAAUGUGAUUUGGAGUGAUGAUGAUUCAGAUAGUAGUGAUAAUGAAUUGUCAAAUGUUGCUUUAACUUCUACUGUUUCUAGUAUGCCAAUCUUUUUGCAAGGAAGUAAGGAAGUGUCUGAUACUACAAAAAUGUCUCUUGGACAAACAGAAAUAAGACCUUCAGGUAAAAAUUUACAGGCCUAUGAAAAGCACAUGACAGGUGAUAGAACAAUACUCACGAACAUCAGACCGAUGCAAUGUGGGACUAUGACAUUUGGAAAUUGUGUGUCUGGUAAUGUGAUUGGUAUGGGAACCUUGAAUUAUCGAGGGUUACCACAUCUCAAGAACAUUAUGCUUGUAGAAGGACUUAAAGCUAACUUGCUUAGCAUAAGUCAGAUUUGUGAUCAAGGUUACAUUGUUAACUUUGAUAGAGAAAACUAUUAUGUUUUAAAUUUUGAUGGUGAUUGUAUUCUUGAAGCUAUAGGUAACAAUACUGACAUGUGGCAUGAGAAGUUGGGCCGCAUAAAUUUCAAAACCUUGAAAAAAUUGUCUUCUACGGGUAUUGUUCGUGGUUUUCCUAGAUUGGGUAAAGAAUCACUGGAUUUUUUGAGAGAAAAAUCUGAUACAUUUGAUGCUUUUAAGACUCUUUGUUUGAAAUUCAGAGUUGAAAAAGAUUGCAACAUAGGUAAGAUUGAUCGAAUUCGCAGUGAUCUUGGUAAAGCAUUUGAAAAUUCUGUGUAUGAUGAUUUUUGUAAAUCUUAUGGUAUCACUCAUGAAUUUUCUGCUCCUAAAACCCUAGAACAAAAUGGGGUGGUGGAAAGGAAGAAUCGUACUCUGCAUGAGAUGGCUAGAGUCAUGUUGAAUAGCAAGAAGUUGACAAAACACUUGUGGGCAGAAGCUAUCAAUACUGCUUGUUAUACCAUUAACCGUGUUUUUCCUAGACCGGGUACAUUCAAUACUUCCUAUGGGAUUUGGAAAGAAUUUUCAACAGAAGAAGAAAUUAGGAGCCAUCUGGAGGAACAUUCUGUUGCUACAAAUGCUGAUGUUGUGACACCAAGAGCUGAAACUGCAGAAACAGAAGCAGAGAAUGAAGAAACAAAAUCAUAUUCUCUUCAGGUUGAAGAUGAGCAGUGA